AUUGGAAAUAUAUUAAGCCAAAAGUGGAUAACGUAUACACACACAAAAGAUGGAAUUCACUAAAGUUCUUCACAUGAAUGGAGGAAUGGGAGACGCUAGCUAUGCCAAAAAUUCUCUGUUUCAGCAAAAGGUGAUCCUCAUGACAAAAUCAAUAACAGAUGAAGCCAUACCUUCUCUCUACAACAACCUUUCCCCAAGAGAAACUAUUUGCAUUGCGGAUUUAGGUUGUUCUUCUGAACCAAACACUUUCUUGCCAGUGUCUCAACUCAUUCAAACUAUUGAUAAAGAAAGAAAAAACAAGGGUCAUAAGUCGCUGGAAUUUCAUGUUUUCUUGAAUGAUCUUCCCAGCAAUGAUUUUAAUACCAUUUUUCGAUUGCUACCGACAUUUCAUCAAAGUCUGAGGAAAAAAAAUAUGGAUUAUUUGAUCCUGCAAAUUGCUUUGUGACAGGAGUUGCUGGUUCAUUUUAUACUAGACUUUUCCCUUCCAAUAGCCUACACUUUGUUCACUCCUCUUAUAGUGCCUUUUCAAGUAUGUAUCAUAAUAUGCAUCAAUUUCUGAUGCUAAUAUAAAUAGGGAAAAAG